AUGGACCGUCAAUUGGUUGAUCAGGGACUCAAGACAGGUAUUGAGCUUUUCAAACAAAAAGAGUAUAGGCGCUGCUACAAGGCAUUUACUUCUACUAUCAAUUUCAUUGAGAAUGAUCCCGAGUUGGCCGCCAGCUGUGUAUCUCAACUGAUAUCUCUGUUAGAUUGUAGGGCAGCCUGUUUGGAAAAGCUAGAUCAAUUGAAUAUGGCCUUGAAAGAUGGUCUUAAAAUGAUCAAGAGAGAGUGCCACAACUGCAAGGGUUAUUUGAGAACUUGCAAAAUUUUAGACCUACAAGGGAAGAUCAGUGAGGCUUUGUCUACAGCAAGAGAAGGGAUCUCCAUAAUAGAAACUAGAAGAGAUCAGGAUAAUCAAUUUAGAUAUUCCAAGGUUCUUUUGGAACAAUUAAAGGAACUGAAAAAUGCACUGAAAAUCAAAUUGGACAAGAAAAAUCAGCUACACUUCAAAGUUUUAAAGUUUGACGCACCAGUGCCUUGUACAAAGAAACUAAGAUUAGUCACUCCAAGAACAAUAGAUCCUUCCAUUUUUUUGCCGAUAGAGCUAGUGAAGCUGAUCUUUCGCCUGUUGAAUUUCUCAGACAUGUAUGCCUGUUUAUUGGUCUCAACAAAAUGGAACUCAAUUAUAUCCUCAUCACCGGAACUGUUUCGAAAACUUCAGUUGAAAUCCCAACUGUCCAACAAGGCGUUAAACAAUUGUUUGAAUUUUUUGAUUAAAACUAUGAAAUCUUCAAGUAGCAAAGAGAUUGAGUAUCUCCAUCUCAAACCAAAAAGAUCUGAUGAAAGAUCCUCUUUGAACACGCUCUCCUCUAAACCAUUGCUGAUAAAUGAGUUAGAGAUUUAUUUGCAGGAUUUAACUCUACGAGAUUUACUUAUUUGCCGAUUGUCUUCAAAGAAUGGAACAAGAUUAUUUUCCAGUAUUGUUCAUUUGAAGCUUUCAGUUCCUCUAACAAGGAACUAUGAAUCUUUCUUAAUACAACAGUUUUCUGGCCUUGAAACUCUAGAAUACUCAAUUAGUGACUACAAAAGAGUUCCAGGUGAUAGAUAUUUGGCACCAUUCACUGAACAGAUAGAGUCCUCUGCUGCCACGAGCUCGUUGAACACUUUAUCGGUGAUUGCAUUACCUUCUUACAAUAGCAUAACUAAACACAUUCCAUUUUCUUUAGCAAUCCAGAGAAAUAUGCUCAGCAAUCUCACUUCCCUGACAUUAACUGGCAUUGACUUUUCACCUGUGAUAGACGAACCAUGGCUGGGCCAGUUUUUCAAAUCACUUUCCAAUCUUGUAACUCUCAAUCUUCAAUUCAACAAGGGGAUGAACUUUGCAUGGCUUUUAAGAAACAUUUCAAACUACCAAGAAGUUUUACAGUAUAACGAUCUAGUCAACAACUCUCCCGAUACCAAUGAACCUCUGAUAGCUCCAGUAAAUUUUCAUUCCUGCCCUUUGAAAGUUCUAGUGAUGAGAGAAUGCUCAAUUCCAGCCGUGAACGUUCAAUCUCCUACCCCCUCACUUUUAGCAUAUGAUGCUCUGAAACAACUAACGCAUUUAGACUUGUACGGGUCUUCAAUAUCAACAAGAGAAUUAUCGAAUUUAAUUUUCCACUGUUCGCACACAUUAACUUCAUUGUCCAUCGGUAACUGUUUCAAUGUAUUUUUCACUAGUGACGUAUUCGAUUCCCGAUCAAAUCAUUUUGAUGUCAACAUAUUUUUUCAUGUUCCAUACUUAAAGAAAUUGUAUCUCAAUCAGAUUUCAACGUUUAAUGAUUACACACUGAAAUGCUUUGGAGAGACUAUUCUUACUCGUUUGGAACAAUACGCUUUACCACAGUUGAAGUGGGAAGUGUUGGAUCUCUCAUUUAACAAAAUAAGUAACACUGGUCUUUACAAUUUAUUUCAAGUAUCCAAAAGACAGCAGUUAAAAAAGACUAACCAGAAAGCACCCAAACUAGUGAUUGAAUUACUGAUUAUAGAUGGAUGUCACGGCACUGAUGAAUCUACACUGACUUAUCUCAAAUCUCAAGGAUAUAUUAGAAAAUACUCCUGUAUCUACAAUAAGGACACAUGGAAUGGUGUCACUGUGAUUUGA